GUGGCCGCACGACACGUAACCCGGUCUCCAGAGCCUUCCUUGGCCCCAGCUCUCUGCCGGUGCCUGCCAGUGCCAGUACAAAGGAGCCCGGACCCGGGCGGGAGCAGCACCUCUCGUUCUCAUCCCUCCCUCGCUCGCCGUUCACUCACCCAGACUACACUCACACAAAGCUCGCUCACAGCCGCAAGGACAUCGUCCGCUUGGGGAGAAGAUGGCCAAGCCCCGGGGCACCGCCGCGGCCCUCCUCCUGCUGCUGCUCGUCGCCGCCGCGUCGUGGCUCCAGACCGCAUACGCCGCCUCAGGGUUCUGCUCGAGCAAGUGCGGCGUGCGGUGCGCGCGGGCGGGCGCCGGCGCGCGGCGGGGCGCGUGCAUGCGGACCUGCGGGCUGUGCUGCGAGGAGUGCAACUGCGUGCCCACGGGAGGGCGCGGCGGCAGCGGCGGCGUGAACGAGUGCCCCUGCUACCGCAACAUGCUCACCGCCGGGCCCAGGAAGAGGCCCAAGUGCCCCUGAACUGAACCCGACUAGCGGCGGCUGCGGAGAUGACAACGAGGCGACUGGCGAGACGGACGGACCUGCCAUCGUAUCACUACUACUACGUACUGUAUGACGCAGCCGCGGCGGAGGAGGAGGUUGUGUACGAGGUGGUUGCGGAGCCACAGGAGCCACAGGGGUAAGCCCUGCAGCAGGAGGAUCGUGGGGAGUCGGCCCAAGGCCCAUCUCACUCUAGCACUGAGCCGCAGACUCAA